CAUUCACACUACGGUCCUACUACUAAUCGGAGGAAAUAAUAUUUUAUUGUAUUAUAUUUACUUUACGCACACACAACACGUCAAAUUCUUGCAAAAUGCAGGGAACGGCAGCGGUUUUGGUGGUUGCGUUGGCGCUACUCCUUGGCCCCUCGCAAACGGCCGGAAAAUCGGAUCCGGGCAUUGUGGACGUCCUGGUGACGACGGACUUGCCCAGCAUCCGGGAGCAGCGUCCACUUUUGGCCGACACGAAGAUCUACGCUCAAAUCAAGGGCUGCAAUUUGGAUGGCAACAUCACCGUCACCUUCCGGCUGACGGAGCACCCCUGCAUCUACGACGAUCGCCUGCUACAAGCCAUCGCCCAGGAUAGCAAGCUGUCGACCAACAGCAGCAUUAAUAAUGUUAUCACCGAAAUCACCAGGUCAUAUCCCUGCAAUGUCCUCAUUGUCCUGGCAGGAAACAAGGAUAAGCCGGCUGAGGGAGCAGCACCUGGAACGCCGGAGCCCAAACAUCCCAUGCUGGAGAACAAACAUCCGCUUUCGCCCACAACAAACCCAGUUGCGAGCGUCAAGGACGAUGGAAUCUACGAAAUUGAAGUGAUCAUCGCAGUGCCGCCGAGCGUAAAGUUCAGUGCCGUGGUGCACAUAGAGUUCCUGGGGCCGCACGGUUAUAUCUCGGCCAUAGACUGGCCCUUCCUGCCGUUCUAUUUAAUCAUGUGCAUUGUUUACGUGAUAUUUGGCAUCAUUUGGCUGUUUGUUUCCUUCGCCCAAUGGCGGGAUUUGUUGAGGAUACAGUUCUGGAUCGGUGGCGUCAUACUGCUGGGAAUGCUGGAGAAGGCCUUCUUCUACGCGGAAUACCAAACGCUGACGAACAAGGGAUUUGCUGUUCAGCAUGCCGAGCUCGUCGCCGAGUUUGUGUCCUGUGCGAAGCGCACGCUGGCCAGGAUGCUGGUCAUCAUCAUGAGCCUGGGCUUUGGAAUCGUCAAACCCCGUUUGGGACCCAUGUUGCACCGCGUGGUGGGCGUGGGAACCCUCUACUUUGUGCUGGCCUGCGUGGAGAGCUAUUUGCGUAUCACGAAUGUAAAGACCGAUCGCAGCGAGCUGCUGGUUGCCAGCAUUCCCCUGGCGGUUCUGGAUACUGGAAUAUGCUGGUGGAUCUUCACCUCCCUGGUGCAAACAACUCGCACACUCAGGCUGCGAAGGAACAUGGUCAAGCUAUCGCUGUAUAGGCACUUUACCAACACGCUGAUAUUUGCUGUUAUCGCCUCCGUCAUCUUCAUGCUGUUUGCCCUGCGUUUGCGUAGGAUCGAGAAUUGUACGCCUGGCUGGCGUGACAUUUGGAUUGAUACUGGCUUUUGGCACAUUCUGUUUUCGGUGCUGCUGCUGGUGAUUAUGAUACUUUGGCGACCGACGAAUAAUAACCAGCGAUAUGCCUUCACCCCGCUGCUGGAUAACCCGGAAGAUGAAGACGAUGAGGAAGAGGAGGAUCAGUUUGUGGCCGAUGCCUAUGGCGUUAAAAUGCGCGGUCAGAAUGGAACGCCGAAAACGUCGACGACCUCACGAAAUGCCACGAACAACGAGGAGGACGAUCUGCGCUGGGUGGAGGAGAACAUACCCUCCUCCAUGGGCGAUUCGGCCCUGCCCAUUCUGGACUCGGAUGAGGAGAUCAUCAACACCAAGUUCGAGGUGUCGAAAAUGCAAUAAGCUGUGACUUUCGCUGGACCGAAGAGACUUUCUACGCAUAUUUUUGCACAUUUACACAUUCGUGUGGCCCAUCUGCUAUGUAUUUUUCUAACCGCCAUCGAGGAGGGAAUCAACGUUUGCCGUGCUGCACCGACACUGAUCUUCCAAUUUCGAGAAACUAUUUGUCCGGCCACGCCUUCAGAUCCCGUGUAAAAUAUUGUAUGUAAUCGUAGUUCCUUCUACGCGCACGUCCUCCCCUCUAAAUAAAUCUAACUUAUUCGUAAUACCCCUAGCCUAAGUUGUAGAUAUCUAUGCGCGACGAAAAGUAAACCUAAUUUAUAAUCCUCGAUUUCAAUGUUGAACACCUUAAUUAGUUGUUGUCGCCCAUUGUAUAUAGCUGGUAACACAAAAACGAAACGAUCUAUAUUACUGUACGAGUAUUCUGUAAUAACUAUGAUAAAUCGCGACUACGCAAUGUCGGUGAAAAACACAUAAACUUAAACUAUUUGCUGAUAAAUGAACAGAUUAAAGAGUAAUUGUCUAAGUAUGUAAGCACACCAUCACUUGCGUCACACACCUCAACGUAUUUAAUUACAUAUUUUUAAUCAAACGGUCUAAGAUUUUCAUAAAUAAAUGCAAUCGUAUCUUAAAGGUAGCCAUGAACCAAA